UGCUUCAGGAUGACAACAUCACAAGCCUCUCUUUUCUCUCGCUUUCAAAAUUAACCAAGAGAGCGUACAUUCCAAAAGGAAAGACAGAGGAAAGAUAAGGAAAAGUUUGCAUCAUAUCUUUCUCUCCCUUCCUCCUUUUCCCCAGUACUCAUUUUUAACUUUAACUCAUCAGCUACCCUACUUGCCAUCAUCAGUUAGCUCUGAUUUUGAAAGACAAGAAAUUAGAAUGCAUAUUACAGAAAUAUUUUCCCCUCCGAAGAAAGAAGAUGAGUCAGACGAGGGCUUUCGCUUUGACAAGUCUCUCCAGGAACUCAGAGAUUUGCGGUCUCAGCUCCAUUUCGCUGCAGAUUACUGUGAAACAACAUUCUUGAACUCUGAAGAGAAGAAAGUUGUGGUAGAAAACACAAAAGAGUACAUAUGCAAGGCUGUUGUUACUUUUGUUGAUCAUCUGGGGAACGUCUCUGCUAACCUAAAUAACUGCAUUUCCAAGACUAAUGAAUUUUCUGAGGCUGAGCUCCGCAUCAAUUGCCUAAAACAAAGACUUCUCUCAUGCGAGCAAUUUGCUCACAAGCUUGCUCUAACAAGAGUCAAGUGGAAUCCAAAUUUGCCAAAUCAUCACCGGCGUUAUUUAUCUGCACCAAUGUCAACUGUUGGGAGAUCGAAUGAAGACUCAAGGGUUUCCAUUGCUCCAAGGCCAGCAAAACUCAAAGACAAGCAUGAACUUGACACUGAAGGCGUGCCACUUUUCUUCUUCACUUGUACAGACAAGCCUUCAUUAUCUAAGAGUCCAAUAUUGAGAUCUAAUUUCGACGAAUCUGACUACAAUUCAGCAUUAGUGCCUGUUCGUGAUGGCCUCUCGAUACCAUCAAAGGGUUCAAAUCCUACUUUCCAUUUCCAGCAAGGAAAUAAAAAACAUGGACGGAAAGGCUCCUACAGAAAACCAUUGCAGAGUGCUGAUAUCUUAUCUUUCAUUCGACGUGCAAGAAGAUCAGCAGCAUGAGAAAAACUUGAAAGGGGAAUCCAUAUGUUCCUGUUGCUACUGCUUUUAUUUGUUUAAGCUAAUCUUUUGUAGUGGUACUCAUGGUUUGUUUUACGUAGAGAUAUGCUGAAUAUUCCUCAAUAGGGGCACUGGAGAUUUCUUGUAAUAACUUUCAAGGUUCCAUAGAUGAGGCAGAAAUGUCUUGAUUAAAUGUUCAUAUCUAUAUAAUUGUGUGAAGAAUUAAUGCAUGUAUGGUAGCAAAGACAGUGAGCAAAGUUGGGUUAAUUUCUGAUCGGAGAAAAUAAUCGGUACUUGGAAAAUCACAGCAUUGUAAAUCUAGAUACCAUUUAUGAUUAA